UACAAGGCGUCCCGCGCCCAUUGGCUGGUCGGUAACGUCUGGGGCCCUUCAGCUCAGUGCCAGCACCCAGAUCCACGUGCACCCGCGUGUGUGACACAGCCCUGACCUCAGUGGGAGCCAGUAGCCAAUCAGGUGCCAGGACGAGAUCCUCAGCCAAUCGGGGGCGGGGCCUGUGGCUCCGCCGGCGGGAGGCCAAUGAGGGGCAGUGCCUGGCAUUAUGCAACCCACCUCCUGGCCCCGCGGAGCUUCCAUUCGGCUGCGGGCUGCAACGGCGGCAGGCAGGCGGCUGAAGGACGCUCGCGCGGACAGGUACUGGCUGUGAUCUGUGACCGAACUUCUCAAUCCUCAGAGACCUGAGUCUCCCACUUCACUCCCUAGCCAGGCCUCCUGGCCCCUUGUGCAUCCGUGGUGGCCUCUCCAUCAUCGCUGUUUUCCACCUGCCUUCCCCAUGGCCCAGACAUGAGUAGCCCCCCAGAAGGGGCUGAUGGGGGAGGGGACCCCAGGCCAGGAGAAUCCAUUUGUUCUGGAGGGGCGCCUUCCCCUGGGCCUCCACAGCACAGGUCCUGCCCUGGCCCCAGCUUGGCUGAUGACACAGAUGCCAACAGCAAUGGCUCAAGUGGCAAUGAGUCCAACGGGCAUGAGUCCAGGGGUGCAUCUCAGCGGAGCUCACAUAGCUCCUCCUCUGGCAAUGGCAAGGACUCAGCCCUGCUGGAGACCACCGAGAGCAGCAAGAGCACAAACUCUCAGAGCCCAUCCCCACCCAGCAGUUCCGUUGCCUACAGCCUCCUGAGUGCCAGCUCAGAACAGGACAACCCAUCUACCAGUGGCUGCAGCAGCGAACAGUCAGCUCGUGCAAGAACCCAGAAGGAACUCAUGACGGCGCUGCGGGAGCUCAAGCUUCGGCUCCCACCAGAACGCCGGGGCAAGGGCCGCUCUGGGACCCUGGCCACACUGCAGUAUGCACUGGCCUGUGUCAAGCAGGUGCAGGCCAACCAGGAAUACUACCAGCAGUGGAGCCUGGAGGAAGGUGAGCCAUGUGCCAUGGACAUGUCCACCUACACUCUGGAGGAGCUGGAGCACAUCACGUCUGAGUACACACUUCGCAACCAGGAUACCUUCUCCGUGGCUGUCUCCUUCCUGACAGGCCGAAUCGUCUACAUUUCGGAGCAGGCAGGUAUCCUGCUGCACUGCAAGCAGGACGUGUUCCGGGGUGCCCGCUUCUCAGAGCUCCUGGCUCCCCAGGAUGUGGGCGUCUUCUAUGGUUCCACGGCCCCAUCUCGUCUGCCUACCUGGGGCCUGGGGGCUUCGGCAGGUUCAGGCUUCAAGGACUUCACCCAGGAGAAGUCUAUCUUUUGCCGUAUCAGAGGGGGUCCUGACCGGGACCCAGUGCCGCGGUACCAACCAUUUCGCCUAACCCCAUAUGUGACCAAAAUCCGGGUAUCAGAAGGGGCUCCCGCACAGCCAUGCUGCCUGCUCAUUGCAGAGCGAAUCCACUCGGGUUAUGAAGCUCCCCGGAUACCGCCCGACAAGAGGAUCUUCACUACACGGCACACACCCAGCUGCCUCUUUCAGGAUGUGGAUGAAAGGGCUGCCCCACUGCUGGGCUACCUCCCCCAGGAUCUCCUGGGGGCCCCAGUGCUCCUGUUCCUGCAUCCUGAGGACCGACCCCUCAUGCUGGCCAUCCACAAGAAGAUCCUGCAGCUGGCUGGCCAGCCCUUUGACCACUCUCCCAUUCGUUUCUGCGCACGUAAUGGGGAAUAUGUUACCAUGGACAGCAGCUGGGCUGGCUUCGUGCACCCCUGGAGCCGCAAGGUGGCCUUUGUGUUGGGUCGCCACAAAGUCCGCACGGCACCCCUGAAUGAGGACGUAUUCACUCCUCCAGUCCCCAGCCCUGCUCUUGAUAUCCAGGAGCUAUCUGAGCAAAUCCAUCGGCUGCUGUUACAGCCUGUGCACAGCCCCAGUGCCGUGGGGCUCUGUGGAGUCGGCCCUGUGACUUCCCCAGGCCCUCUCUUCAGCCCUGGCUCGUCUAGUGACAGCAACGGAGGUGAUGCCGAGGGGCCUGGGCCUUCUGCCCCGGUGACCUUCCAGCAGAUCUGUAAGGAUGUGCACCUGGUGAAGCACCAGGGGCAGCAGCUUUUUAUCGAGUCCCGGUCUCGGCCUCCUCCUCCCCGGCCCCACUUCCCUGCUAUAGACACAGUCAAGGCCAAGACCCUUUACUGCCAGUCCCCAGACCCAGACCCGGAGGCAGACCCUGCUCUAGUCCAGGCCCCACCAGCCGUGGCCCCUGAGGAGGCUGAGAGGAAAGAAGCCUCCAGUUGCUCCUACCAGCAGAUCAACUGCCUGGACAGCAUCCUCAGGUACCUGGAGAGCUGCAGCAUCCCAGGCACGAUCAAGCGUAAAUGUGCCUCCUCCUCCUCCUCCUGUACCGCCUCCUCGGCCUCUGAUGAAGACAAGCAGGGGACAGGUCCUGUCCCUGUGGGGUCCAAGAAAGAUCACUCGGCAGUGCUGUCGGGGGAGGGGGCCACCCCUCGGAAGGAGCCGGUGGUGGGAGGCACCCUGACCCCGCUCGCCCUGGCCAAUAAGGCGGAGAGCGUGGUGUCCGUCACCAGUCAGUGUAGCUUCAGCUCCACCAUCGUCCAUGUGGGAGACAAGAAGCCCCCGGAGUCGGACAUCGUCAUGAUGGAGGACCUGCCUGGCCUGGCUCCAUGCCCAGCCCCCAGCCCCACAGUAGCCCCUGACCCAGCCCCAGAUGCCUACCGCCCCGUGGGCCUGACCAAGGCCUUGCUGUCUCUGCACACACAGAAGGAGGAGCAGGCCUUUCUCAGCCGCUUCCGGGACCUCAGCCGGCUGCGCGGACUCAAUGGCUCCUCCAUGGCUCCCUCGGCCCCUGGAGAGCGAGGCUGCCACCAUGGCCGCACGCCCCCCAGCCGCCGAUACCACUGCCGGUCUAAAGCCAAGCGCUCACGUCACCACCAGAUCCCUCGGGUGGAAGCCCCCUGCUAUGUGUCCCACCCCUCAUCUGUCCCACCCUCUGCCCCCUGGCCCCCACCACCAGCCGCUACUCCCUUCCCAGCUGUGGUACAGCCCUACCCGCUCCCAGUAUUCUCCCCCCGAGAUGGUCCCCAGCCUCUUUCCCCGGCCCCCACAUCUGUGUCCCCUGCAGCUUUUCCUGCCCCCCUGGUGACCCCAGUUGUAGCCUUGGUGCUACCUAACUAUCUGUUCCCUACGCCACCCAGCUAUCCCUGUGGGGUACCUCAGACUCCUGCCGAGGGUCCCCCUACCCCUGUGUCCCACUCCCCUUCUCCAUCCCUGCCCCCCCUAGCCCCCAGCCCUCCCCACCGCCCAGACUCUCCACUAUUCAACUCGAGGUGCAGCUCCCCACUCCAGCUAAAUCUGCUGCAGCUUGAGGAGUCCCUCCGUGUUGAGGGGGGUGCUGCUGCAGGGGGCCCUGGGAGCAAUGCUGGGCCCCUGCCUCCCAGUGAGGAGACUGCUGAGCCAGAGGCCAGACUGGUGGAGGUAACUGAGUCCUCCAAUCAGGAUGCACUUUCGGGCUCCAGUGACCUCCUGGAAUUGUUGCUGCAAGAGGACUCUCGCUCGGGCACAGGCUCUGCUGCCUCAGGCUCCUUGGGCUCUGGCUUGGGCUCUGGGUCUGGUUCAGGCUCCCAUGAAGGGGGCAGCACCUCAGCCAGCAUCACACGAAGCAGUCAGAGUAGCCACACAAGCAAGUACUUCGGCAGCAUCGACUCUUCUGAAGCUGAGGCUGGGGCUGCCCAGGCCAAGGCUGAGCCCGGGGACCAGGUCAUUAAGUACGUGCUCCAGGAUCCCAUCUGGCUGCUCAUGGCCAAUGCUGACCAGCGUGUCAUGAUGACCUACCAGGUGCCCUCCAGGGACAUGGCCUCGGUGCUGAAGCAGGACCGGGAGCGGCUCCGGGCCAUGCAAAAGCAGCAGCCUCGGUUUUCGGAGGACCAGCGGAGGGAACUGGGUGCCGUGCACUCCUGGGUCCGGAAGGGCCAGCUGCCUCGGGUCCUUGAUGUGAUGGCCUGUGUGGACUGCGCUAGUAGCACCCAAAACCUUGGCCACCCUGAAGACCCACUCUUCUCAGGACUGGAUGGAUUGGGGCUGGAGCCCAUGGAGGAGGGUGGAGGCGAAGGUGGUGGUGGCAGUUGUGAGGAUGAGGGCAGAGAUGAGGCCCAGGCCCAAGCUGGGGCUGGGGUCUCAAGCUUUCAGGACCUGGCCAUGGAGGAGGAGGAACAAGGUGGGAGCUCAUCCAGUCCAGCCUUACCUGCCACAGAAAAUGGCACCAGCUGAACUACAUCUGGAGGCCGCCUCUAGGAGUACAUGAGAAGCUUCUUCCACAUCCAACUCCCAGAACUCAGAUGUGGCUGGACCAACCAAUAGCAAACUGUCCCAGCUUCUCCCGCUAUGGGGGCUGGACCCCCGUCACCAUCCGCCCAGAUCCAGGGGCUGCCUCUGGCCUCUAGGGCACAAAGGGUGGAACUCUCCAGAGAAGCCUCAGCUCCCACCCCUGCUGAGUCCUUUCUUCCCUGGACAGGGUUGCUGACAGGCUGCUGAGGUGGCCUCUCCAAGUCCCAGCUGAGCCCUAGUCUUGGGAACCAAGGGUGGGGGCUGCACUUAUUUAUUGGGGGAGGCAGUCCUCUCCUACCUCUUCCCCAGGUGGGAGAAGGAGGGCCCCGGGCUCAAGCAGGAGCCAGUGGUCCAAACCUCUAGCUGCUCCAGGAUGGGGGAGGUGGUGGACCAUGGGGUCCCUGGUGCUGCCCCUCAGGGUGGGGGAGGUUGGUGGACCAUGGAGUCCCUGGUGCUGCCCCUCAGGUGGGACCCAGGCGUUCUCAGCUGUACCCUCUACCUAAGACGUUUGUGUUUUUGAUAUUGUGUCUGUUAAUAUUUUUAAUACAAAAAAUAAAAAUAAAACCCAGG